AUGGAUGUUGAGUCACCCGAGUUCCAAGAUUGGGAGUUGCUUCACUCCAACCCGACUUCCCACUCCGAACCCGUAAUUCCAUCCGGUUCAGCCACGAACGGUCUGGAUGAAGUUGGAUCAGAAACAGGCGGUAUGAUUCAACCCAAUUACUUCUCUAUAGACUCUCAGAACAGGUAUAUGACUAACUUCAGUGGAAGUGAAGAGAGCUCUGAAGAAUCGGAUAAUCCUAGUUGGAUUGAUCCUGGUUCGGAAAACCAGUUUAUCACGAAGAAUUACGAUAGUGUGAAAUUUGGGGACUUUGAUGAGGGACAAAAUAGUCAUUUACAAGAUGGUUCAGAAAAGAAGGAAAAUGGAAAUGUUGAAGGUGAAAAGAAGAAAAUGAGCAUAGUGUGGUGGAAGGUGCCAAUAGAACUUUUUAAGUAUUGGGGUUUAAGAGUUGGUCCUGUGUGGACAUUCUCUGUAGCUGCUGCUGUUGCUAUGGGUUUUGUUAUUUUGGGUAGUAGGUUGUUGUAUAAGAUGAAGAGAAAGACGAAGAAAUUGGAGCUGAAAGUAAGUGUGAAUGACAAGAAGAAGGUAUCUCAGUUCAUGAGUCGUUCUGCACGUCUUAACGAAGCAUUCUCUAUUGUGAAGCUGGUUCCUGUUAUUCGACCACAGUUGCCAGCGCCUGGAAUCACUUUGUGGCCUGCCAUGAGUUUGACAUAA